GGAUUUCAGAAAAAAGAAUGCAAUUUGUUCAGCUCCAAGUAUGGGAAAAACCUUCUAUUCAAAGACUCUACACUGAACAUUGUGCCUCUACCACCUUCCAUGGAUGCUUUCUUAUAUCUAGGGCCAAGCCUUUACAACUCGGUCAAAGAAACAUUUGUUGUAAAUUCUUUAGAGGGAAGCCAACCAUCUCGAGAAAGUAUACGUUGGUGUACGCAAAGCAGACAGGAGAAGAUAAAGUGUGAUAACUGGACGCCUGUGAGUGGAGGAGUCAUUGAAUGUACAGAAGCCUCUUCUGCUGAUGAAUGUAUUCAACAAAUAAUGAAAGGUGACGCAGAUGCUGUUACACUCGAUGGAGGAUACAUGUACACAGCUGGGCAGUGUGGAUUGGUACCUGUACUUGGAGAGUACUAUAACCAAGGUAAGACCAUACUGCAGAAAACCAAUUCUAGUACAUACUAUGCAGUUGCUGUUGUAAAGAGAAUGAACAGAGACAUCACAUGGAACAACCUUAAAGGCAAGAAGUCCUGUCACACAGGGGUAGGUCGCACUGCUGGAUGGAAUAUUCCUGUCGGUCUGAUCAACAAGAAAAACAACAACUGUGAUAUUGGUUCAUACUUCAGUCAGAGCUGUGCUCCUGGCUCUGAUAUUAAUUCUAAUCUCUGUCAAUUGUGUAUUGGAGAUCCCAAGAAACCUCUGCUCAACACUAGAUGCUCACCCAGUGAUGCUGAGAUAUAUUAUGGAUACUCUGGAGCAUUAAGAUGCCUGCAGGAGAAAGGAGAUGUGGCUUUUGUUAAACAUACCACAGUGUUUGAAAAUACAGAGGGCAGGAAUCCUGCAGAUUGGGCAAAAAAGCUUAAGCCCAAUGAUUUUGAGCUGUUGUGCCCCAAUGGAUCUCGUGCGUCAGUCACGGACUACAAGAAUUGCCACCUGGCAGAAGUACCAGCACAUGCUGUAGUUUCCCGGCCAAAUAAACGGAGCAGUGUUUUAAGAAUUGUUAGAGAACAGCAGGCUCAGUUUGGGCGAAAUGGAAGCCAGAGACAGAAUUUUCAGUUGUUUGGAUCAAAGGAAGGAAAGGACCUUCUCUUUAAAGACUCUACUCAAUGCUUGCUUGAGGUUGACCAGAAAACCACAAUAGAAGAUUUCCUGGGGAACUCCUACUACUCUGCUGUGUCCAUGCUAAAUAAAUGUUCUCCUACAUCAGGUAUUGUACUGCCUUUCCUUCUAUUUCUUUUAUCUUUCAUAAAAGAGUUAUAUAUUCCAAUUAACCUUGUUUAUAUUUUCUUGUGA